CAUGAGCCCCUACUAUUGCGAAGGAUGAAGCCAAGCCUUUACCAUAGGAUUCGUAAACUCGCAUCCCUAUGAAAUUUUACACACAGCUCAUACUUUACGUUAACCAGUUGAGUUGACCGUUGCUACUUCAUUGUGUUUAAGUGUGUAUUCAAAACACACACGUAGGCUAUGGUUUUUGAAAGGGAAUCGAUCAAAGAUGGACAGCCUGACGAGCCAGAGGAGGAAGAAAAACAUACAGAGGAGGAAGAUGCGGAAGAUGAUGGUGCUGAUGAGGAGGAAGAUGAGGAGGAAGAAGAGAUGGUGGACCCCCUAGAAACAAUAAGACAAAAAUGUGAGAAGACGGCACAUUGCAUACAUGCACAAGAAAGACUAGAAGCUUGUCAAACUCGAGUUAGCUCACGGUCACACACUGAAGAGGACUGCACAGAGGAGCUGUUUGACUUUCUACAUGCACGGGACCACUGCGUUGCACAAAAGCUCUUCAGUUCGGUUAAAUGAAGCUCCACUGAGACACUCAUUUCGUUCCAGUCGAGUAUCUGAGCUGUAGAUGUGUGUAAAAGUACUGAACAAGCAUAAACAAAUAUAAACAAAUCUCAAAACUUGUAAUUGUAUGUGAAUAAAUGUGUGUAGACUUCA